AUGGAUAUUUGGACAACUGGCAGUUCAACAGCACUACUACUCAAGAAUAUCAUCCCCCGGGCGGAGAAUGGCCAUGUACUCUUCACAUCCCGCAACCGACAGCUUGCAUUGAAACUGGCAUCACCAAAUAUGAUCCCUAUACCAGAUAUGGAUCAGAAUACUGCCAAGGAGAUAUUCAGGAAAUUAUUAAUCCGGAAGGAUAUACUCCAAGAUGAUUAUGUGACAAACAUACUCCUUGAGCAUCUUACUUUUCUCCCUUUAGCAAUUAACCAAGCUGCUGCUUAUAUAAAUCAGAAUGACAUUUCUCUAGAAAGGUAUAUGUCAUUGCUGGAUGAGCAAGAGAAGAGCACGAUAGAACUCCUCGGCGAGGAGUUUGAGGAUGAUGCACGAUACCCAGAGGUCCAGAACACUGUAGCCACAACCUGGCUGAUUUCUUUCCUGCAGGUCCAGCAAGUGGAUGAAAUAGCAAGUGACUAUUUGUCUUUCAUGGCUUGCAUUAAUCCACGGGAUAUACCAGAGUCAAUUCUCCCACCUACCAUUUCAGCAAAACGAAAAGAGGAUGCAUUAGGUCUUCUGAAGGCAUAUUCCUUUAUUAGUGUACAGGUUGAUGAUAGUAGUUUUAGUCUUCAUCGACUUGUGCACCUUGCUACUCGAAAUUGGUUACGGAAAAGAGAGACCUUUGAGAGUUGGAUAGUGAGAGCUGCUGACCGAUUGGACGAGAUUUUUCCUGACAAUAACCAUGACAAUCGGCAAAAGUGGAGGAAGUACCUAUCUCAUGCACAGUACCUGACAGGUAGUGAGGAAUUUAAGGCUUGUCAGGAUAACUAUAAUGAAUUCCUUGAAAGAAUAGGAAGCUGCCUGCAAGCCGAUGGAAGAUAUGUUGAGGGAGAAACCCUGCUCCGGAAUGUUCUGAAAUGCCGAGAAAGAACAUGCGGAUUGGAGCAUCCCGAUACUCUGACCAGCAUCAGCCAGCUUGGCUCUGUUCUUGCCGACCAGGGCAAGUAUGAGGAGGCAGAGGCCAUGCACCGUCGAGACCUAGUAGGGUCAGAAAAGGUCCUUGGCCCUGAGCAUCCUAAUACUCUGGUCAGCGUCAGCGAGCUUGGCUCUGUUCUUGCCGGCCAGGGCAAGUAUGAGGAGGCAGAGGCGAUGCAUCGACAGGCACUCCAGAGGCCCCAGCUUGGCUCUGUUCUUGCCUACCAGGGCAAGUAUGAGGAGGCAGAGGUCAUGCAUCGACAGGCACUCAGAGGCCGUGAGAAGGUCCUUGGUCCUGAGCAUCCUAAUACUCUGGUCAGUGUCAGCCAGCUUGGCUCUGUUCUUGCCGGCCAGGGCAAGUAUGAGGAGGCAGAGGCCAUGCAUCGACAGGCACUCCAAGGUUAUAAGAAGGUCCUUGGUCCUGAGCAUCCGAAUACUCUAAUAAGUAUGCAAAACCUCGCCAUUGCUGUAAAGGGACUAGGAAACAUAUCAGAUGCCUUAAGCCUUACAAGGAACUGUGCAGACCUGCGCAACAAAGCAUUAGGCUCAAACCACCCGCACGCCAUAGUCUCUUCUAAUACCCUCGCCGGCUGGGAACAAGAAGCCAACCAUCUUUCCAUACAUCAGAGUCCAAGAGGUUCGGAUGACAUUCCUUCUGCUCAAUCCUUGGUGCACCCUUUUGCUGGCGAUAAUAUCAGAUCACAUUUAAAACCUGGAGGCCGCAAACGGCGAGUUCUUCUGGAUAUUUUCCGAAGACGAUAA